UGAAAAUGUGUUGUUGGAGCGGAAGAAAAAGCCAGAGCGAGUUGUACUCGCGGGAAAAAUGGCGGAAAUGUUCGCUCUCUUCCCAUUAUCAACAUCAGCGAUUCAAAAUAUUGUCUCAUAAGCUUCCUCCUGGUUUUAUCUGCAUGCGUGAGUGGUUCACAGCGGUGUCUUCAUAUGUAAGGCUCUGGGUUUAGAGAGGAGUACAAGAUGCAAAAAGAUUCAAUGCACUUUUCCACCUCUGGCCAAAAGAUACACAAUCAAGCUGUCACUCAAGAAACCCAGAUCAACUCUUUCCAUUGUACUCAGUGUACGCUCAUCUUCAAAUCCAAGAUCUACCUUUUUGAACACCUCAACAAGGUGCAUGGCAUUGAUGUAGAUGUAGCUCUCAGAGAUGCCGGUCUAAAAUCGUCUAGGACUGUCAAAGCCAACACGGACAGCUAUGGCAACAGCACAGGAAAUCCUUUUGAAUGCCAGAAUUGUGCUUUUAAAGCUUGUAGUCGGGAGCUUUUAAACAAACAUGAGAAACAGUGUCCGAACAACUCCAAUAUUAAUCUAAUCAUUUCUGAAAACCCGGAGACUGUCAUUUCGACAAACAAGCAUGAGGAAGCUGCAGGGGCAGAGGAGAUUAUGUCUACCUCAAAAACUAAGUGCACAGUUAACUCGUCAAAGGAUCUGAAAACGUACAAGAGACCACUGCAAACCAUCACGAAGUACAUUGCACCAUCAUCUGGAUCAAAUGGGAAAUCUCCAGUGAAGGUGGUCGAUGGCUCAAUGCUUCUGGAUAGCACAGAAGGAACCCUGAUUUUGCAGGAAUCUCCCUCCAUCUCGACCCCAAACAGUGGUGUGUUUAAAGUCACUGCAAAGCCAACGAUUGACAUCGCCAAAAGUGUUUCAGACAAUUUUUUGCUAAAUGAACGUCUUUUAAUUUGCGAACUGAAACCACAGAAGCCUAAGGAACAAGACAAAGGAACAGUUCCUAAUGACACAGGAAAGAGGACUAGUAAAGAAAGCGUAAAAGGUCCUCCUGCUAAAAAAGCUAAGUCAGACAAAGAAGGGACAAAUCUCCCUCAGAAAUCAAACAAAAGUAAACAACAAUCAUCAAACAACCCAGAGUUUUCAUUUGAAGUUAGUGAAGAUGAAGAAGAAAAGAGGAUUAAACUUGUUAAUGGAGACGGAGAAAGCCCCAACGUUUAUUUUUGUAAGCACUGUGACUACGGUAAUGUUGGCAUCGGACAUGUGUCUACCCAUUAUCAGACUGACCACCCUUACGUAACACACAACACUGUCUACAUUCAGGAUCCCAAGGAUCAGAGCGCUACCUUUCGUUGCUUGGAGUGUCCAGUUGAGUUUCAAAGUGUAGCUGGUCUCAAGAGUCACUACACGGAAAAUCAUCCAGAGGCCCCAGAUGUAUUUACGAUGCAAUCGCAUGAAUUCCGUCUGGUUUUCAAAUGUUUUGUGUGUUCAUUUACCACCAACUCAUUGAAGGCGUUGAAAGAACAUUGCAAGGAAAAGCACCCAACACAUACAGUGGAAAAUUCCUUGAUGUACUGCAGAUAUUCGGCGACUAGAUGCCAAGAGGGAUCAUCUCGGUUUAAUACAUGUGAAAAAGCACCCAGUCCCGAAAGACCAGGAGGGAUUUCUCCCGACGGUGCCCGUACACCAAGCAAGGAAAUUAAAAAUGCAACCUCACCGCAACAUCCCACCUCCAAAGGAGCAGACGUGGCCUUGUAUCAUUGCAACAAGUGCAAGUUUAGUCAUAAGUCAGUUGUUGUCAUGCAUGUCCACUACCAAAAAAGCCACCCGAAUGAAGCAGUCACAAUAGACAAAAUCAAACAGUCAGCUCGUGUCAUGUCACAGACAACAUCACAGGUGACGGCUGGUAAGUCUCCGAACUCCGUGGCAGAAAAAUCUACACCUCCAAAGCACAUCCCGGAGUCUCCGAUGAAAACUAGAAACAAGGUUGAGCUGUCACAGCAAAAGAAGAUUUCGUUGUUUUUGAUAAAUCCUAAGCACACAGCAGAAGCUUCUAAGAUUCAUUCAGAGUCUUCCGAAACAGAGAGAGUGGACUCAGCCAGAAGUAAAAGGAGGAAGUCGCCUCCCAAACCUGAUAGGGAAAUGUCUAACGGAAUGGACAGUUUACCCAGCAGUUCACCAAAUAAAUUAUUUUACUGCCAGUGUUGCAGUUAUUCAAGCACCAACAUCAGAAGCGUUGUAAGUCAUCAUAAUGUCAAACAUGCUGAUAGUGAACUAACAGGAAUUGAAGAUGUCUUACGGUAUAGCGCCGAGGUGAAGGAAAAGAAACUUCCCAGCGACAAAGAGGCCUCAACAACUCCUACACCCUCUGAGUCUAAAAGUCGUAAACAAAUUGAGGUAUGUAGUGAAAACAAACUUCAGCAUGGAGAGGAUGAUGCUGCAGGUGCUUCGGUGACGAACUUGAAUGCUUAUCAGUGUGCAGAAAACUUGUUUUACUGCCAAACGUGCAACUUUGGAACUCUAUCUGUAAAAGGAAUAUUGAACCAUCAACGCAAAGUUCACCAAAACGUUCAUUACAGCAAAGAACGUAUUGUUGAAUAUACAACUUUAAUUCGUGGGGAAAUUGAAAAAUCUAAGUCUCAAGCAAAGGAGUUGCCCUUUUCUACUCAUCUACCUCUUCCUCUUGUGAAUAGGGAUGAUGAAGAUGUGUUUUUCUGCCACUUUUGCAACUAUAGACAAGGCACCGUGGACCAGGUACUGCGGCAUUACUCCAAAAGGCAUCGUGGGUUUGUGGUUAAGGGCAAACAAGUUCGUCUGUAUACUGACAUGGUUCUCAAACAGACACGGAAAUCACACCUGAAAACAACUGCAAACCAAGAAGUCAGCUGUGCAUCCACUGAGGAAAAAGGAAAUAAAAAGACAAAAACCAAGAAGCUAGGCAAAGUAACAUCAUCACCCUCAACUAGAGAAUCGCCCUCAACCAAAACACAGAGGGCCCUUCAGUGCUAUAAAUGCCCGUACAGCACUCAAUAUGUGUAUCUUCUGAAGAGGCAUAUAUGGAAAAUCCACAAAAUAAAGCGCUCUGUCACAGCUGUUUUAAAAGUGUGUUAUAAACAAGGAACUUUACAGCCGGGAUAUCACUGUGACUCCUGUGUUUUCUCUCACAAAAAAGCAGAGGCCGUCUAUAAGCACUACCAGGAGCAUCACCCAGGACGUAGCCCGAGCCUCGAGUAUGUAACUUCUUUGUUAUAUGUUGGUCCCAAAACAUUGCCCCUUAAAAGGAAGAAACCCCAAAUUAGGCACGCUGAUGGUGAUGGCACUGAUGGCAGCGUGUCGUCUCAAAGAAGUGGAAAAAGUGAAACCAAGACAUAUUCGUGCAGAGCCUGUUCAUUUAAAGGUAGUUCUAUGGCAAGCAUCAUCCACCACUACCAUGCUGUUCAUCCUUGGUCUGUGAAAGAAGAUGGCUCGGUCCUGGAUGUCAUCAACAGAAAGAAGCCAAGUGCAAACAGGCAGGUGGAAGACCACAAUGAAAUGUCUGCAUCAUUCAACACCUAUCAAGUGCCUGUUGAAGGAAACAGACGUGGUUCGUCUCAUGAAGCAACAGCAUUUACCAAAAUGUUCAAGUGCCCUCACUGCCCUGAAAAGUUUUAUACCCAGCGCGGUGUCAAAGUUCACUGUGGAAUAAAACACCCUGAAGCUGUGAUGGAACAUGUAGAUGAACCGCAAGAACAGCAAAGCACCAGCAAAACACGUGUGCAUGUCUUUAAGUGUCCACAUUGUGCCUACGUGAAUACCAUAUAUCAAGGAGUUCUCACUCACUGCCAGAUGAGGCAUCCUGCCCUCGCAGCCAGGGCAGACAGUCUUCACGUGGAUGAUGCACAUGUGGACGACAUGAAGGUGAGAAAAGGUCCUGGUUCGAGAUUUAGUGGGUACAUGUGUAAAACCUGCCCGCAAAUCUGCGCAACGCUGGAGAAGCUGAAAAAGCACUGCGAGGACCACCGUGAGACGGUGGUAAACGCGCUCAAGCAAGCUCCUAAACCAUCAGCUGUGAGUAAAAUAAAACAAUCCAAGACCAACAGCAAUUGGGGAUCAGUAUCGAAAGCUUCCUUUUUAAGUAAGAAGGUGUAUGCGGUGGUUAGGUGCCAGCAGUGCUCUUACACUUGCAGCGCAAAAAUUGCACUCGAUCGACACUUGCGUGUUCACCACAAGAAUGCACCUGUUUUAAAAGUUCAGGAUUGUGUGCACAAGUGCUUCCUGUGUUCCAGUUCCUAUUUCAGGAAGGACAGUCUUAGAAGCCACUACACUAGGAAACAUGGAAAAGAAGCUUUCCUGAAAUACUUUGUACCAGCAUACAAGAAGGUCCGCGAGAAGCCAGUGCCAGAAUCUACUCACAGCCCUUUAACCAGCACGACGACAGAGGAAAACAAAAUAUUAGUCUACAAGUGCCCACGUUGUCCCUAUGUGAAUGCUAGCCUUCACGGCAUGCUCACUCACUGCCAAAUGAGGCAUCCGGCAUUCAUAGCCAGGGCAGAUAAACUUAAAAGAGAUGAAAUACUUCUUACCAACAUGGUCGGGUGUACGAUGGGAAAAGGUUCCAAUGAAAGAGGGUUUGUGUGUAACAAAUGUCCGGAAAUCCAUCGGUCAUUAAAGAAACUGAAAAUCCACCUGGAGAAGGACCACAAAAAGGCAGAGAAAAGAGCUGAAACUGAAAAAGAAACUGAUCACGGCUCUCAGGUGUCAGUGUUGGAGGCUUUCACUUUAAAAAAACAAACCUCAGCGAGUGCUGCAGAAAUUGGCCUCAGUCACCAGCCGGGCGCUCCUGAAACGUGUCAACCAAACAAACCAUUAGUGAAGUACCAGCAAUCAGUGUACAAGUGCCACAUUUGUACCUAUAAGGGAGUGCGUCGAAGAUAUCUGCUUUGUCACUACAAAAAAACUCACAAAUUUGAUGCGUUUACUACAUUCAAGCUGCUAGAGAGGUAUAACAAACAGAAACACAACAAGACCAGCAACCCGCCUGAAGCUGAUUCUGAGGAAGGUGCGCCCGUCAAAUGUAAGAUGUGUCCAAACUUAAUGUUUGACUCAUCUCAACUCCUCAUUGCCCACUAUAGUACUUUCCAUAUCUCAGAAAGCAUGUUGGACUUUAUCGUGUUAUCACAAGGAUCAAAGAGGAGCACGGGGCUUUACAAGUGUGCCCUCUGCAACAAACAAAUGAAUGGAACUAGAAAGUUGUGUUAUCAUCUGGAUGGCCACAGAGAGCGGGAGAUAAGGAAGGAACAGGCAUCGCUUGGCAUUACGACAACACCAGAGGCCCAAUCCAUGGAAGUCUGUAUGCAAGACGAAUUGCCGACGUUGGAAACUGUGGAGGAACUGGCCCGGUGGAAUGUAACGCCAGCAGAGACCUUCACUCUGCCAGCAAGUCCUCUGCCGUCGCCUUCAAAACCCUGUGAUCUAGAGCAACCAGAGCAGGAAUCAAGAGAAGACAAAAACACUUGCAAACGGUGUGGGCGGAAGUUUAUGUCGCUGAAAGGUUUGCGUUCACACGAGCGCAGCCAUGCAGCUGUGGCGGCCAUCAAGAAACUGGACAGUCUACCUACCUCAGCAUUAAAGCACAACAUUAACAAAUACGUUAUCUACAAAUCUGGGACUACGCGGCCUUUCGUGUGUAGUAUCUGCUCCUACCGGACGACUGUCAUGGGGCUGUGGUCGAGUCAUUUCAUGAAAAACCAUCAAGAUGUGCUUGUGGAUCCUGCUGAGACGGACAACCAAAAUGAGGAGAGCGCUCAGAUGGACGACGACGAGCCCCCUAAUUUAUCUGAGGAACUGAACCAUUUGCCUGAUCUUGAUGAAGAACCUGAAAUUAUUGAAAAAUCGUCAUACUUGGAGCCCCCAGAUGUGCAGCGGCAGUUGAGCCACUAUAACUUGAUGGCACGGGCUGGUGCCCAGUCUAAAGCGAACAUGCAAGAAACCAAUUUACCUGAGAACAGCCUACUUCACUGCGAGGUCUGCAAUUUCAACACCGGACACCUGUCAAGUAUGCGACGACACUACCUAAAUCGCCAUGGAAAGAAGAUCCUCAGAUGUAAGGACUGCACCUUUUUCACAUGGUUGAGGAGGUCCCUGGAAAUGCACAUGGAGACGGGUCACUCUAGCUGCCAGUCAGAACCUGCACAUCAGAAAGACCUCUGCUGCCCUUUCUGUAUCUACCACACCAAGAACAAAAAUAACAUGAUUGAUCACAUCAUCUUGCAUCGUGAGGAGCGUGUUGUGCCAAUAGAGGUGCGUCGCCCGAAGCUAUCACGUUACCUUGAAGGCAUCGUCUUCCGCUGUCACCAGUGCACUUUUACAUGCGGCAGUGCUGAAAUCCUGAGUGCGCACAUGAUGAGGCACGAUGACAUCAAACCCUACAGAUGUCGGCUGUGCUACUUCGACUGCACUCGGCUUAGCGACUUGGAGGCACACCUGAGUGAUAAGCAUCAGGUCUUGAGGAAUCAUGAGCUUGUCGGUCAGGUCAGCCUUGACCAGCUAGAGGCAAGGGUUGGAAGGAUGCCUGAAGAGGACCCUUCCGACAGUGAGAAUGACGAUUUAAAGACAGAUGAGUUAAUUAUGGACUGUGAUGAAAUUCCACAAGACACAACAGCAGAACCGGCAGUACAUAACAUCGAGGAAAAAAUCACACCACAGAUCAAGGAAGGACAUCAGAAGCAAGGGCCAGACAUCAAGAACGGAAAUCAAGAAAGCCCUGCUAGGAGCUCUGUAUUACACCUUCAGUAUGAGAAUGCAAAACCAAACACUGCAGUCCGAAAAAUGCAUGAGCAGAAACCACAGGAGCAAGCAGGGAUUGACACUGCGAGAGGACAGGAGAUAGAAAAUAUAGUAAGACAAAACGUUGGAGAAGGGAACAAUGCGGAAAUGCAAUUGGAGAGUUGCAGUGGCCCAGAGAAAGAAAAGCAGACAAAUGAGAACCAAGCUCAGCCCAAACUCGGAGAUAGUGAGGACGGCAGCAUAAUGUUCACACAACAAAAAGAGGAAACAGAUGGGAGCUCAACGAUGUAUGAAAAAGCACAGUCCAACAUGGUUCACAUUAAGGCCCAUCAGCAUAGAACGUUGAACAUCGAGGCUAGGGUUGAAGAAAGUGUACUUGGUCACACGUUACUGCUGGAUGAGGAUGGCAGCAGCCGCAAGAUACACAAUGAGGCAGAUCAGGAUAUAACGGUUAAGAUGGAUCAGAACGAUGAUCAUGGCACUUUGGUCCACAACCGAAAAAAUCAAGUCAAUACAGAGGCAUCUUCGGCCUCUGAAGAGACAAAUCAUGCGCAUACAGUUGAAAGGCAUUUGCUAACUCUUAAGCUAAACUGUGGACAACUUAAGGUAAGCCAAAAGGAGAUAAUGGAUGUCUCAAUUACAAACUGCAAAAAGGAACUAGCGCAUGAUCCAGAGAACAGUGAGGAGGUUACAGACUCUUAUUGGGACAUGCCAGUACUUGAGAAUGAAUAUCUCAAAGAAGAAAUGCACCCUCUUGGUUGUUGUAAGGAGGAAGAGCAGAGUGAUCAUCUUGAGGAAAGGCGGGACAACGAGGACGAGAUGAUCACUGAAGACGACAAGAACCACUGCGUAAAGCAGGAACAUGAGGAGGCCGACCAGAUUAAUGAAGCUGUGAAUCCACAUGGGCCCAAAGGUUCACUCACAGUCACAGAUGGAGCUGCUGAAGUCCUGUGCCCAGCAACUGCAGAGGAGAAACUGUUUACCUGUGAGUUUUGUGGACGAAACCUCAUGAACAGCUCUGAACUGGAGCGUCACGCCAUGCGACACGGAAUAUAAUGUUUUUUUCUUUGUUGUGGACACUAGCGAGGGCUUCCACUGUUGAUUUCUGUAUGGGAAGCUAGAUUUUGUUUUCAUGAACCGUCCUCCACUUUCUUACUGUACUGUGUUUUUCUGAACAACCUGAUUUCCAAAUAAAUUUCAAUGUUUUGUAGAUUUUAAACCUUUUCUAAUUAAAUAUUUUUAUGGAAUAGCUGUUAUGCCUCGGUGAGUGUAUAAUGUGAGACACAUUGACAUUAAGAUUUAAUUUACAUUUGUUUAAAGACACUAAUGAAUAACUAUGUUGCAAAGAUUUGCAUUUUUAUUUCUGCAGAUUAUGUGAAGGGAGAUAUAAAAGGUUAUUACUGUAAAACAUGCAACAAUUCUUACACUGUAAACAGUUGUUAAACAAACUGGCACUGAACAUACCAAGACCUGGACCCACCUUGAUAUCACUGAUUGUGGACAUGCUUGUGCUGCCUUCAGCUUCUGUUGGACAUGUGAAUAUAAGUUGUACCAUGCCAGUGGAAAAAGUAAAUACGUUCAGAAACAGUAUUUAGGUUGAUUUUCCAUUUAAGUAUUAAAGUUCUAUUUACUUUUUAACUUUUUUGUUGUAUGGUACAAUUUACUUUAGUAAAGGAAGUAAAUAAACUGUUUUAGGUCAUUGCCAUA